ACUACUGCUGCUGCUGCUGGGCUCAACAUUAGGUCCCCACUGACCUUCAAACUCAACUAAGAUCCAAACCUGGAAGAGGACACCCAGCUUGAUGCUCAGAACAUGGAACCACACUAACUGAAUGAAGAAUCUCUCCUCUACCCUAUUUGUACUUCUCUGAAUCUCAUCCCUGCCAGGAGAGCUUCAUACAGCGGAACUCAUAGGAGUCCUGAGUCGGCUACUUUGGAAGUCAUGGUCCCCUCGCUGCACUUGCUCCUGCUACUAUCGGGACUUCCAGGUCUUUGGGCACAGGAACACAAAGAAGACUAUGAGGUAGAGAAGAAGAAGAGCAGACUAAGUCCAUCCAAUUCCACACCGCAAAAUGGCAAAUCGCUCAUAAGCGAAGAUUGCAAUUUGGAGUUAGCCUUUCUGAUCGACAGCUCAGAGAGCGCCAAGGACAACCAUGCCCAGGAGAAGCGCUUCGCCUCGGACGUGAUGGAGCGCCUGCAGAACCUCCGGCUGCAGACGGGCCGGAGCCUCAGCUCCCGGGCAGCCCUCCUUCAGUACAGCAGCCAUGUCAUCAUAGAGCAGACCUUCAAGCAGUGGAGGGGCAUCGAUGACUUCAAGGCCCGAAUUGCUCCCAUUGUGUACAUCGGUCACGGCACCUACACCACCUUCGCCAUCACCAACCUCACCCGUAUUUACCUGGAGGAGUCGGACCCCAACAGCAUCAAGGUGGCCGUUCUGCUCUUCGAUGGCAUCUCGCACCCCAGGAACCCAGACAUAUUUUCAGCUGUGGCUGACGCCAAGAACCAGGGCGUCCGCUUCUUCACCGUCGGCAUCACACCUGAAGCCAACGCGGCCGCCAAUAUAGCUGAGCUGCGGCUAAUUGCUAGCUCCCCAGCCUCGCGCUACCUUCACAACCUGCAGGACAGAGGCGUUGUGGAUAAAUUCAUCAAAGAGAUUACGGCGCUUGCGGAUGAAGGGUGUCCUCUCGCCCAGAGCAAGUGUGCGUGCGACAAGGGUGAGAGGGGAGCCAGCGGCCCUCCUGGCAAGAAGGGUCGUUCUGGAGAAGAUGGUAGCCCCGGCUCAAGAGGAGCCAAGGGUGAGGGCGGGCUCAGUGGACUUCCGGGUCGGGAUGGAACAGAGGGAAAGUCGGGAUACAAAGGAGAGAAGGGAGAGAGAGGGGAGUGUGGCACACCUGGAAUUAAGGGAGACAGAGGUCCUGAAGGUACCAUUGGUCCGAGAGGAAACCGUGGACUUCAGGGUAUGCUUGGUCCACCUGGUGAUAUUGGACCUGAAGGUACAAUGGGUAAAAAAGGGGAAAGGGGACUUUCUGGGCCACCUGGAAUCCAAGGGGAAACAGGGCUCGGCCUUCCGGGACCCAAGGGGGAUGUUGGUUACCAAGGGCAAACAGGGCCCCAUGGUCCUCCAGGACUUGGCGAGCAUGGACUACCGGGGCCUCAAGGGCCACAGGGAGUCCAAGGAGAGAGAGGACAGAUAGGAGAAGGUCUCCCUGGACCAAAGGGAGAGCGAGGCUUGGACGGGCCGCGGGGGCUCAGAGGACAGCCGGGCGCCGGAAUCAAAGGAGACAAGGGGGAUUUUGGGCCUCCCGGUCUUCCAGGGCCGCUCGGCCUCCCAGGAGCAGGCAUACAGGGCGAGAAGGGCGUUGAAGGACCAAGGGGGCCACCAGGGGGCAGAGGCCAACAAGGAGAGGGCUUUCCUGGAUCCAAGGGGGACCAAGGUUUGCCAGGCGAGGUUGGCUCCCCAGGAGAAAGGGGGGCCGGAGACCCUGGAGCUAAGGGCGAGCCAGGGUCAACGGGGCUCUCUGGUUUGCCGGGUCUGCCGGGGGAGGACGGAGCCCCCGGACAGAAGGGUGAGCCAGGACCUGUAGGUCUCAGGGGGUCAGAGGGGGCACCUGGAAUCGGCACCCAGGGGGAAAAGGGCGACCAAGGCCAAAGAGGAAUAAGGGGCUUGACGGGUCCACCUGGCAUUGCCGGACCCUCCGGACCAAAGGGAGAACCAGGUUCACAAGGAAGGGGGGGUUUACCCGGUCCACCGGGCCGCUUCGUCUCCGGGCCCAAGGGGGAUUUUGGCCCAAGUGGUCCUCCUGGUCCGAUUGGCGAGACUGGCUACGGACUUCCUGGUCCAAAGGGGGACCGUGGAAAUUCUGGCCCUGCAGGUCCAUUCGGUUCCAAAGGAGACGGCUACCCCGGCCCCAUGGGCCCUCCUGGUCUGCCCGGACUUCCAGGGGAACCCGGCCAGGAAGGACUGGGCAUCGCCGGACCAAAGGGGGAUGUUGGUUUCCGAGGGCUCCCUGGUUUACCGGGACCUCCGGGCGAAGGCCUCCAAGGACCUCUGGGUAACCCUGGGCGACCUGGCCCUCCAGGGCCAACAGGGCCACAAGGACAAGGAGUCCAAGGACCAAAGGGGGAACAGGGGUCCCAGGGCGUGACGGGGCCACGGGGGAUUCCCGGAGAAGGUUUUCCUGGAGCUAAAGGGGACCGCGGCUCGUCGGGAGAGAAGGGGCUGAAGGGAAUCAAAGGAGAUUUUGGAGAUUCUGGAACCCCGGGGCAACCUGGCCGAUCUGGGGUCAAAGGUGAAGCGGGCCUCACUAGAGAGGACAUCAUACGGAUGAUCAAAGAGAUCUGCGGAUGUGGGAUCAAGUGUAAGGAGAGGCCCAUGGAGCUGGUGUUCGUCAUUGACAGUUCAGAGAGCGUGGGCCCGGAGAACUUUGAGAUCAUCAAGGACUUUGUAAACGCACUGGUGGACCGGGUCACGGUGGGCCGCAACGCCACCCGUAUUGGCCUGGUGUUGUACAGCCUGGAGGUGAGGCUGGUGUUCAACCUGGCCCGCUACGUCAACAAGCAGGACAUCAAGCAGGCCAUCAGGAACAUCCCAUACAUGGGAGAGGGCACCUACACUGGCACGGCCAUCCGUAAAGCCACUCAGGAGGCCUUCUACAGCUCGCGCGUUGGGGUCAGCAAAGUGGCCAUCGUGAUUACCGAUGGGCAGACGGACAAGCGAGAGCCCGUGAAGCUGGACAUCGCUGUACGAGAAGCGCACGCUGCCAACAUUGAGAUGUUUGCCCUGGGGAUUGUGAACACCUCAGACCCAACGCAGGCCGAGUUCAGAAGAGAGCUCAAUCUGAUCGCCUCUGACCCGGACAGCGAGCACAUGUUCCUCAUUGAUGACUUCAACACCCUGCCAGCGCUGGAAUCCAAGCUGGUCAGCCAGUUCUGUGAGGACGAGAACGGAGCCCUGAUAUACAACAGAAUAAAUAACGGCAACGGGAACAACGGCAACAGAAAUGGCAACUACGCCGUCGGUGGCUACGGGUACCAGCCCGCGACGGAGCAGCAAGUACUGACCGGCACCAGCACUCAGAGCCACGAAGGCCGGGUCGAGACCACCCUGCACGGCAGCAUAGGAUCCAGCACAGGACAAGGAGGAAGAGGGCAGCUCUUGUUCCCCGAGACACAUCAGGGAACCGGGCGCGGGGACACAUUUAACCACAACACCUCAGUCAUCAGAACUCCUGCCAGAGAGGACUCCUCCAGUACGCGAGGCUCCUCCUCCUCAUCUUCAUCUUCUUCUUCUACAAGAAUUACCACAUCAUCCUCAGGUGUCUCCAUAUCGCACGAGCCUGCACUGAGGCCAGCUCUCCCUAAAGAGACCGUACCCUUGGACCCCCGAUGCGUCCUGGUCCUGGACCAGGGCACGUGUCGGGACUAUAACAUCCGCUGGUACUACGACAAGCAGGCCAACGCCUGCGCCCAGUUCUGGUACGGAGGCUGCAACGGCAACAGGAACCGCUUCGACACGGAGGAGGAUUGCAAGAGGGCGUGUGUGAUCGCCUGAUCACCCGGAGGCCGAGUGAAGGCACCUGCCUUACAUCUGCUAUAAAUACUGUGAAAAAUAGCCAUUUUUCACAGGGUUAUGGAAAGUUUCUGCCCAAUCCUUGGGCACGUACAUGUACAGGGAUAUUCCGUGUCACGGUUACAUUUACUUUACCCCUCUUGUACGACUUAUUGUUGAUCCUCCUCUUAUUGCAGUGAAAGGGAGCGCGCUAGCUCUGAUGGAUACCUCUGCUGUUCUGUAUUUUUAUUUCAGCACCUCCCUCCAUCGCUCCUACUCAGGUAUACAGUCGAGCACUCUCACUGCAGGUGUCCACGGGGGACUUCCCGCACCUCUCGGACACAAUCAUGUUUUUCAUACACACUUCGUGAAUGCUGAGAUUAAAAAAAAGCCUUUUGAAAGACAGAAUCAUAAAUCGCGUCAAUGUGUCAUAGAGACAUAGUGUAGCUAUUUGUUUCUUUACUCAAACAAUCACUGUAUAAGUGCAUUAACCACAAUAGCCAAUGACACACAAAUGAAGCCUCUCAUCACUUAUAAUAAUACAACAUAGUUUGUUCUUU